UAUGCUAUGCUUAAGAUGGUGCGCCCCUAUCGUCAGUCCGGUAACACUCUUUGUGAAUUCAAUUCACAAGAAGUUGUGUCGCCAUGCAUCCGCGUAACCAUAGUUCAGAUCGUUUUAAACAGUCGUCGAGUGAACAUCGAUCAGUGCUUACCAGCUUGCAACCACAAAAUGAACACAAAUUUCGCCCGAAUGUGGAUGGCCAACAAUAUGGAAAGGAAAAUGGAAUCUCUGUUGCAUAGGAAAAGUAUACUUGAAAAAUCGCUAGCAAACAUUGAAGAUUCUUCACAAUUGUCGUAUGAAGUAGUUCUUUUGGCCAAUAUUUACACUGACAUUGGACAACUCUACAUGGUUCGUGAAGAUUUCAACAAAGCCGAGACUUUCUUUCAGAAAUGCCUCAAACUUGUUACACAUCGCGAUAUGAAAAAAGAAGCUGUUUUACCAUAUACCAAAACACUGCUGGAUCUCGCUGUUAUAGCUAUUAAACAAUCGGAUAAUAAGAAGGCCCUCUCCUUUCUAACGGAUGCUGAAAAUGCCUACAUGGAUUUCAAGAGGAGUCAAGUGGAUGACAAAGAAGUUGACAAACUAGAUGCCAUGAUAAUUGAAGCAUUCUAUAGUAAAAUUACCACGAGGUUUGCCCAAGUAUAUGAUAAUUUGAAAAUAUUUGAUAUGUCGGCCAAAUAUAAUUAUUCAACAUUAAAGCGCGCUAUUGAAAACGAAUCGUAUGACAAUGGCGAUAUGGCAGAACAAUCGGCCGAUCUGGCCAAUUAUUAUAUCAAACUAAAUAAAUUUAAGGAAGCCAGACGAUAUAUGGCAGCUUCCAACUAUUUUGUCGAUCAACAACAAAACAAUUGGGAAGCAAAUGUAUUUGGAACUGUCAAAACGGCGGUUGGCCAUUUGAGCCGUCAUUGGGCGAAAUAUGGUAUUGCCUUGCUGUUGGCAUCGAAGAAACGUUUACAGAAUGAUGAGGAUAAUUUAACGGCAGAUAUGGACAAGAUGGAGCUGGACAACCAAAUGCCACUCUUGUUCGACAAAUUACCAUUAGCCAAUUAUGAAAAUCAAAUAUCAAUUGGUUAUCGUACCACAUUCAAGGAGGCGAAAAGAGUAUUCUUGUUCGCCAAGAAAUGGCUGGAGAAGGCCAAAGAAAUUUACACACCGGAUGGCGAUAUACUUCUUUAUGCCGAUGUAAUGAAGGAUUCCGCCAGACUUUACGAUUACAUGUCGUUUUUCGAAACCGAUUGGCGAAACCAAUUCAAAAUGCAAAAAAUGCGUAUCAAAUACUGUGAAGAACUUCUAGAUAACCUUGAUCCGCAAACACGCAUGCCAAUAUGCCGUGAAUGUUGGAAUGAAGCGGCACUGGGUUACAGCGCUCAACUGCUACUCAAAUGGCGAUUCAUUGUCGAAGAAAUCAACACUUCUCCAAAGAUUCGCAAUGAGGUACAGCAAUUGACGGAAAGUGCCAUUGAAAAGUUCAAAAACUUAAUUACCUCGUUUGGAGGUAAUUUGAGCCAGGUGAUACCCAAAUUGACAUUCGACGAAAAGAAAAUGUGCAUGGAUGCCCACUAUAAACUGGCCAUACUAUAUGGUCGAGGUAUAGAUACCGGCAAACCUGAACCAAUUAAUAAGUGUAUAUUUUAUUUUAAGACAUUUGUCGAAGAAUGCAGCAAGGAUGAGAGAUUGAGAAUUGAAUUAAAAUCAGAUAUUGAAAUUUCACGAGAACAGAUAGUAAAGAUUAAGGCUGCGUUUGGACACAUGAGGAAGAUUAAAAGCUAAUUAUGUGCAAUCAGAUGCUCUGUUCAAGAACCUACUACAUUUCCAAUUUUUACCAUUUUUGCCUUAUAAAUUUGAAAAGUUCUGCAAUUUUUUUUUGUCGUACGGGAACACACCUAUUAUGAACUAUUAUGAAUUCUUGAAUGCCGUUUGUAUGUUUGUGCAAUAUGAAUAAAGAAUGUUUUAAAUAAAUUUCCACCAA